AUGGACGAAGUAGGCGAAAUGUCACUCCCAGAGCCGCCCAUUUGGUUACGCACAUCCUGCGGUUUCACCGGAAAAAAGACCACUAAUGGCGUUUCCUCGCGGUAUAUUCUGUGGAACUUAAUUCGCGCCACCGAGCCGGUCGCGAUCUUUGUCUUCGGGCUAUGCUCUAUUACCAAAACCGAGGAGGGCGCUGUCUUUCUGCAUUCCCCCCCAAGCGCAGGGGAUUGGUUUACCCUGUGGCAUUGCGUGGUUGUCGCAUUUGUCUCGCUGGUUCUAUUCAUGCAAGUCGUCAUCUACAGCAAGACCUGGUGGACACGGAUAAAGCUCGUCCUGAGCUACAUCGCCUUCCUCCUCGUUUCCAUCGUCCCUGUGGUCGUCGACGCCAUCUGGCCACUGGCGAUCGACAGCGACAACCACCUGGAUCGCGAAGUCGUGUUGUCGGUCUUCUACGCGGUCCACUCGAUGCUGAUUUACCAGAUUAUUGCGGCCUUGUGUAUCUUCGGUAUUUCCCUGCAGGCCCGUCGUGUUCUCGCCGCCCCUGUCCCCAAUGCGCUCAGUCUGCCGGGUCUGGCAGCGCAGGCAGUGGUUUAUGCGCUUCUUACCGUGGCAUGGGUAUUUAGCCUCAGUCUUUCGAUCCCGUCGACUUUCUACUUUUGGUUCAUGGUCAAUGGGUGGAUUAUACUGGAUGCUUUGGUGUUUUCGCUUGGGCAAGCGCUGAUUCUGGGAUUGGCUUUGCGGCGUAGGUCUCGGGGGAAGGGCUCUGGUCAUGUUUCGCCUGAGCUGGGCAGUGAGAGGGAGAGGGAGCCGCUGUUGGGGCAUCGAGUAGAUGACGAAGAAUAA